UGUGGGGAGUGUGGGAAGAGGUUCAGGUGGAGCACUCUCCUGAUCAAUCACAAGAGAAUCCACACUGGGGAGAGGCCCUACGAGUGUGGGGAGUGUGGGAAUAGAUUCAUCUGCAGCUCCAGCCUGAUCAGGCACCAGAGGACCCACACUGGGGAGAGGCCCUACGAGUGUGGGGAGUGUGGGAAGAGCUUCCGCAAUAUAUCCCGCCUGAGCAGCCACCACAGGACCCACACUGGGGAACGGCCGUACGAGUGUGGGGAGUGUGGGAAGAGCUUCAUCGACAACUGCAGCCUGAUGCAGCACCACAGGACCCACACUGGGGAGAGGCCCUACGAGUGUUCCGUGUGUGGGAAAAGGUUUAAGAGAAGCCCCCAUCUCCUCCGGCACUAUCAGAUUCACACGGAGGAGAGGCCCUUCCGCUGCCCCGACUGCGGGAAGGGAUUCAGGCAGAACUACCACCUCGUCAGGCACCGGCGCAUCCACACUGGGGAGAGGCCCUACGAGUGUGAUCAAUGCAGGAAGAGGUUUCAGAGCAGCUCCCAUCUCCUCCUACACUAUCAGACUCACACAGAGGAGAGGCCCUUCCGCUGCCCCGACUGUGGGAAGGGAUUCAGGCAGAACUCCCACCUUAGCAAGCACCGGAGCCUCCACAGUGGUGAGAGGCCCUACGAGUGU